CAGUGUAAGGAAGGGACCGCGGGUUACGGGUGGAUAAACCAGUGUACUUGUCAUUGGGCAAUCUGACACCCCGCGCAAGGACACAGUGACGGCGAAGAUUUUCAUGCCCAAAUCUAUAGCAUCUCCGACUCCGAUGACCUACGCACGCGAGCAGAAACUUUGCUAGCUACGCCAGGGGCUCGCCCUUUACGCCGCUUUUGGUUAGGUGUGCAAGGCGCGCAAUGGAUAAAGACUACGACCGGGAGGCGUCGCCCACGCUGUCGACCACCGACACGGGCUCUUCUGACGAGGAGGAUGCGGCUCACGAGGCGACUUCGCGCAGGAAGCGCGGCGGAGGAAGCCGCGCUCGCCGCGAGGGUUCGGCGUCCCUCGGCGACCCCCAGUCGCGCACGCCGUAUAAAGCUUGGAGCAAGGAAGAGGACGACCUGCUGCGCGCCCUUGUGGACCGCCACGGCGCCAACAAGUGGACCGAAAUCGCCGCCAGCCUGCCUGGCCGCACCGGCAAAAGCUGCAGGCUGAGAUGGGUGAACCAGCUGCGCGGCGACCUGGUGAUGGGCGCCUUCAGCCCGGCCGAGGACCAGCGCAUCGUGGAGCUGCAGGCCACACUGGGCAACAGGUGGAGCGCCAUCGCCAAGGAGCUGCCGGGCAGGACCGACAACAUGAUCAAGAACCGUUGGAACUCCUACCUCAAGCGACGACUGGAGAUGGGGCGUGCUAUUGCCAUUUCGCUCGGACUAGGCCUGGGCCUCGCCCCGCACGACCCCACCUCCCCCGCCGCUGCCAACGCCGCCGCUGCAGCUGCUGCGGCCGCCGCCGCAGCUGCGGCAGCUGCCGCUCAGCCGGGAGCGCCUGCCGACGCUGCCGCGGUGCUGCAGCACCAGCAGCACCAGCAGCAGCUCAUGCUGCAGUCGGCGGCGGUUGUGGCGGCGGCCGCAGCGUCAACUCCGCCAUCGUCUAUGCCUCGCAGGCGGCGCAGCGGUGACGGGUGGGCGACGGCGACAAGCGAGGGGCGCGAGCGGCAGCGCCGCAGCAUGGAGAAGUCGCAGCGCGGCCGCACUGCCGGCGCCGCCCCAGCCACUCCAACGGUCACGGCCAGCGGUGGCGCCAGCGGCGGCACCAUUUCCAGCGGCAUGGCGGGCGCGGGCAGCGGCGGCCGAGGCAGCCGUCGCAGCAACAGCCGCGGCCGCGGCAGCGGCACCAAUGCCCGCGUCGCUGGUACCUCUGGGUCGGCCGGCCUUGCCCAGCCUGCCGCGACAACCACCAGCCCCGCCGCCUCCCACGACGUCCCAGUGGGCCUCGUGUCUUCCGCCUCCACGCCGCACGCGGGCCUUCCCGCCAACGUGCCGGCCAUUGGCGUCGCCCCUGCCGCCGCUGCCGCUACUCCAUGGGGCCCGGGCGCCGCGCGUCCGGCACCCUCAUUGGCGCCGCCGGCCGCGCCGCUGUCGGCUGCCGGCAUUGCGCCGGGUCCGGUGCUCCCGGUCAUGAUGAUGAACCCGGGCCCCGCCACUGGCCUGCAGCCGGCCGCCGCCAGCACCACCUUCACCUUCGGCCUGGGCGCCGGCGGCCACGCCGCUGCCAUUGCGGCCGCCUCGGCCCCCGCGGCGCCCACCAACACUGCGAUGGAGUGUACCGUCAUGCGCCAGUCCAGCAGCGGCGCCGGCCCCACCUCCGCCGGUCCCGCAGGCGCACAGAAGGCAGCGGCUCCGCCGUCGGCCGAGCAGGAGCGGCCUCGCAGUGCUGCGAUGGCUGCUGACGGCGCCAUGGGCGGCGUGUCCGGUGUUGUAUCGGCGGCCGCCGAUGCCGCGGCUGCCACAGCACGCGACGCGCAGCGGCUGCUGACGCUGCAGCAAUACUUUAUGAAGAGCAUGGCGGCGGAGCAGGCCGCCGUGGCCGCCGCCGCCGCGCUCAAGCUGUUCAACCAGACCGUCGUUGGCGGUGACGCCGCGCCGCCGCCCGGACCCCGGCCGGUGCCGCCGCGGCCCCUGUCGGAGCUCCCCACCGCGGCCCAGUCAGCGGCUGCGUCGGACACCCCCUGGCGCGCCUCCGCGCCAGGCGCCCGUUCGCCGCCUGCCGGCACUGGCACUGGCACCAGCACCGGCGCCGCGAGUGCUGGCCCGGCCACUGGCGCCCUGGAGCGCACGGACUCGGCUUCGAAGCGCCUCCGCCUGGAGCCCGUCGCCGAGGCCAGGGACAGCGCCGGCUCCGGCUCUGGCUCCGGCUCCGGCGAGCUGCAGUCGCCUACGCAGCACGACCAGCAGCAGAGCCGCCGCGACCGCGACCGCGACCGCGACCGCGACCGCGACCGGGACCGGGACCGGCCGAGUGGUCGGGACCGGGAGCGCAGGCGCGAGCGCGAUGCGGACAUUGGCAGCAGGCGCCGGCGGCGCCAGGCCCCGCGUGACGGUAACGAGAUGUCUGACGGCGGCGACAGCGCGGACUCACUCGGUAGCCGCCGGGCCGCCGCGGCCCGCGCUGGCGGCGGCAGCGCACGCAACAGCAUGGACCGGCGGCGCGACGGCGGCCGUCAGGACCCUGCCGCGGCCGCGGCCGCUGCCACUGCAGCGGGCGUCAUCGCUGCCGGCUCCUCGCCGUCCCGCACCACCGCCGACGGCUUCCACAUGUCUGACCUGCUGCUGGCGUCGCCCAUUCGCGACCAGCGCACCAUGGACGACAUGAUCCUGCCCGGCUCAUCGCCCGACGAGCACACGCACACGCGCGCGCACGCGCACGCGCGGCACAACGGUGCUGCUGGUGCUGCCGGCGGCGUCCGCAGCGCGCCCGGCAGCGCAGUCGCCAUCCGCCGGUCCGGCUCCGGCGAUGGGCGCCCCUCGUCGGACGGCCUUGGCGCCAUGGCGGCCGCCCUGGCGCACAGCUCCGGCAGUGGGGGCAGCGGCGGACUGGCGCAGUCCAACUCCAUGUUUGGCAGCUGGGGGUUGUUGUCCUCGGCCGCUGCCGCACAGCAGCAGGCCGCCGCCGCUGCCGGGCCUGGGAGCUUUGGCACCGGCGCCGCCGCCAGCGCCGGCCCCGUCGCACACCCGCUGCACUUCCCGCCGCAGCUGGCCACCAGCCAGACCCAGUCCAUGCAGCCCAUGCAGCCUGUGCCGUCGCUGCAGCCCAUGCCGUCGCUGCAGUCAAUGCCCUCCAUGCAGCUCAUGGCGGCGACGCAGCAGCCCAUGCAGGUCAGCAUGCAGGCCAUGCCCGGCAGCAACCCUGCUGCGCAUGACGCCGCCGCCGCCGCCGCCGCCGCCGCCCCGCCCUCCAUGUCUAGCCUGGCCACGGCCGGCUCCACGGCGGAGAUGCUGAUGACGCUGGGGCUGGGCGUGGUGGCGCACCUCAGCGGCCCGCAGGCAGCGGCGCAGCUGGGCGCCGCGGCCGUCGUGCAGCCCGGCGCCGGCGGCGGCAUGGCGGGCGCGGCGCCCGGCGGCGGUAUGGACCUGAGCUCUGCCGCCUUUGGCGCGCUGCAGCGCAUGUACGUCAGCCAGCUCAUGGCACAGCAGCCGCAGCCGCUGCAGCAGCACAUGAUGGUUGCGGCGGCAGUGGCGGGGAUGCCGCAGAUGGCGGCACCGGUGGCCGGCCUGAUGGGCAUGCCGGGCAUGGCAAUGCCCAUGCUGGCGCCGGUGGUUCCUGCUGCCGGCGCGCAGGGCAGCGCUGGCGCGGCCGGCGCGGCUGUGGCGAUGCAGUGGGAGGCGCACGCGCACGCGCACGCGCAGCAGCUGCAGGCGGCGCAGGCGUCGAUGGCUUGGGGCCCCAUUGCUGCUGCCGCGGUGCCGUCGGCGGCCACGGCCACGCCGCUCCACGCCCUUGCCGCCGCCGUGCCUCUGUCCCAGGCCCAGCUCCACGCCGCGUCCGCCGCCUCUGCUGCCGCUGCCGGCGCGGCGCAGGCGCACCACGCACAGCACGCCGGCGGCGCCACGGCGGCGGGCACGCAUGCGGCCUGCGACCCCGAGGCUCUGGAUUGCAUCAGCCUGGGCGGCAUGCUGCUGGCGGACCACCCGCUGCACGGCAUCCCCACGCCCGCCGAGCUGUCGCCGCUCACGGGCAGCAUGAGUGACCUGGCGGCGGCGGCUGGCCCGGACGGCGACUUCACCUCGCGCCACAUGCCGCACCACGCCUACACACAUGGCCACGCGGGCCACGGCCAGGAACCCUGCGCCGCCAACAGUGGCGUGGCCGGCGCGGCGGGCGCCGCCGGCGGUGGUGGGGCUGCGGGCGCGGCGGCGGGCGGCAGCGCCUGGCACUUGGACGGCAUGAUGGACCGCUCACACCUGCCCUGGGGCAACCUGGACACGUUCUGCAGCCCCACGCCCGGCAGCGCGCAAGCCAAGCACGACGGCGAUGACGCUGGGCAUCACGCGUAAGCGUGCGCGGGCGCAGGACAAAUUCAUUUCGUCUUUGGUGUGAUUUGGUGCAUACUGUGUGGCCUUGCGGCAAAGGGGUGGAUUGGCUUUCAUGGGGGCUAGUUGCAGGGAGCAACAAUGACGUCCACGGGGAAUCCAUAAGCGUGCGGGUUCAUGCACAUGGAAUACUCCAAGGGGAUUUGUGGAUGUCAUUUUAAGUGGGGAUUAGGGAUGGCAGCGCGUGUGCGGCCGAUCGUGCAACCUAUGCAUGCGGUGCAAUGCCAAGCUUUGUCGGGCCGCGAUACCCUGGACAGCAGUGUGGCGGUCGACUGUGAUAGUGAUACGUGCAUAGAUGUCGCUCAAACCCGCGCGGGUGUUGGCACAUCACGUUUGUGGGGUCGUACUGAUUUCUGGUUUUGUAGGUCGAAUUGCUACCUGCCCGUGUGUAUGUUAGGGGUUUGUUCAUGUACUGUAGUUUAUUGAGGGCGUAAACAGCGAAGCCGCUGCUUGCCCAUGUCAGACCCUAAUACACCAUUGGGGCAUGUCGCACCCGUGGUAGAGCAUGCUGAUCCGGGAGGUGUGGGAACCGAGUGUGUAUGGUUGGGUACGUGAGGGCAAGACAAGGUGGAAGGCAUGCAACAUCGGCAUCGUAGCUCGUGCGGCUCGCAGCACAAGCGAGUGGGAAUUACACGGCGGGGAAAGAAUGCUCCAACCAGCUGGCGCACUGAGUCCCCGCCAAUGCGUUUGGCAAUGGUAUACGUUUUUGCAUCUUUCCACGCCCCGAUUUGCUGGGGGCUGGCAGUAGUGCUGAGUGGAAUGUGGCGUAAACAAGUCGAGCAUUGCUAGCCGUGGAGGGUUGAAAGACCUAAACACGGGCAGGAGGCGGAAGUGCGGCGUGCGAAGCGGUUGACACGCACCCGGGUUGCCGAGCGCAGGAGGACGACAGCGGGGUCCAGCAUUUUUGGGCCGCGGCGGUACGGCUGGGCCGCCUGUUUUGCCUAUCCAUAGUGGCCAUUUCGUGCGCCUGCCUGAACAGCCAGGACUGGCAGAAGAACAUGGGCCUUGCACUGCCAACGGUCGAGGCCGGAACCAGCGGUUUAAGACCGACAGUGAAUGCGGUGCAGCGCCGUUGGUAUGCGCGCCUGUGCUGUGAUUAUCUGAUUGCAGAUCCCUAGGAAAGCACAGAGCGUGUGCAGGGACUAGCAUAUUUGUUGUGCUGAACUUGUGUUUGAGAGCCGACUGAUUGUCACUGGCUCGCAGCCCCCCAGCACGGCCCGCACCCGUGCUCUGCAGGUCCGGUGCAAUUAGCCAGGAUUGCAGCUGGGGUGGGGCUGGGGCAUUGGCCAACGUUAUGGCCAUGUCUGCAUGUACUUGUGCAGUAUGUUUAAGGUCAUCACGGCCCCUAUUUGGGCAAGUAUGUAGGUGGAUGUGGCGGAUUAUCGGUCGUUUGUUGUGCUAGGUCGGAGGGUGUGGACUAUUCAGAAUGGGUCUCGCGGAGUCGCGGCGACGAUCACUUUGCAUACGUUUUAUAGGACAAACGGGGCUGCGUUAUUGAUGGGCGCCCAUGCAGCACUGGUCAUAUGGCGGGCUUCCAGGCCAAAAAGCGACCGAGACGGGUUUCCCCAUCCCCAGGCGUCGAAUCUGUAAGGGUUUAUUGUA